AUGAUUGUAUUUGGAUCACUUCUGUCCAUGUGGACACAAGGUUUGGAAACCCUCGUGGCAACAUCAUCAACAACACUAGAAUGUUGUUACUCUAGCACCUUGUAGCAAUAUUUUUGGAUGAUCAGGUUGACUUGUGGAUUUGACUUUUGAAUACCAAACUCAAACAAUCACCAAUGUCUGCGCGACGCGAGGCCCCAACUUAUGGGGACAUACUUUUCAAUGUUCUUCGAUGGCGGCAGCAACUUAGGGUCCGAAAUCUUCCAACGCAUCAAGUUUCCGUCAUUCAAUUUUCUUCCCACUUUUGAAAAAUCGGAGGAUAAGUACCAGGAUCACCAAAUGUGGUGAGAGUAUCAUCUGACAAGCAAAUGGCUGCCAAAUUAAUGAAUGCGAUUCAGUAUUCUCGCUAUGGCGGUGGAACUACUGCCUUAAAGCGUGUUAAGAUUGCUGUUCCUGAUCCAAAGGCUGAUGAGGUUUUGCUAAAAGUUGAGGCCGUAUCUUUAAAUGCAUUUGAUUGGAAAAUCCAAAAGGGCAUACCUCGACCCAUAUUACCCGGAAAGUUCCCUUAUGUACCAGGAACUGAUGUUGCAGGGGAGGUAGUCAAGGUUGGAUCUUCUGCAACAAAGUUCAAAGCUGGUGACAAGGUCCUGGCCCUAUUAAGCCAUGCUACCGGUGGUGCACUGGCUGAAUACACGGUGGCAAAAGAGAACAUGACAGUUGCUAAACCACCAGAAGUAUCAGUAGCCGAAGGUGCAGGCUUACCUCUUGCUGCCCUUACAGCUCACACAGCUGUCACCCAUGCAAACAUCAAACUUGACGGAAGUGGUGAAACGAAGAACGUUUUGAUCACGGCUGCAUCAGGUGGUGUGGGCCACUACGUAGUCCAGAUAGCAAAGCUCGGAAAUACGCAUGUAACAGCAACAUGUGGGGCCCGCAACUUAGAAUUCGUCAAGGGUUUGGGUGCUGACGAGGUUCUUGACUACAAGACCCCAGAAGGUGCUUCCUUGAGAAGCCCCUCGGGAAAGAAAUAUGAGUACGUGAUCCAUUGUGCUAUGGACAUCCCGUGGGCCACCUUCGCGCUUAAUUUGAGUGAAACUGGUAAGGUCAUAGACUUGACUCCUGGCCUUGGUACGAUGAUUAGGUUUGCUACGCAGAAGCUGACAUUCUCUAAGAAGCCAUUGGUGCCUCUAAUUCUGUCUCCAAAGACCGAGAACUUUGAAUAUGUCGUGAAUUUGGCAAAGGAAGGGAAGCUUAAAACAGUCAUAGACUCGAAAUAUCCCUGGAGUAAAGCUGAAGAUGCUUGGAGUAGGAUUAUUAGUGGACAUGCUAUGGGAAAGGUUAUAAUAGAGUUUUGAGUAGAAAAUAUUUAUCUAUUUAUGCAUAAACACUAGUUUUUUGUUGAAGAUCAUACACAUUUUCGUAAGAACUUUGGUUUGAGUUGUUCUCUUAGACUUGUAAUAGGUUUCCCUCAAAUGCUUGUAUAGCCGUGUGCUCUUAUAGGCACAACGCAGUAUUGUUGGUGUAAUGUAAGUAGACAUGUAAACCAUAAUCAAUCUAUAUUUACGUAAUUCUUUGUAUUUAA